CAGACAUGGGUAGCCAACUAAUCGAUGUACCUAUCGGAACUGAGCGAAUAAGCUGUGAGUGCCAGCGUUUGUGCACUCACUUGGCAUGGAGGUCGUCACGAUAGGUAUGUUGUUAGCUCUGGCACAACGACUGGUGUUGUCGUCUUCGUCAGUCGCUCGGUCGGUCAGUCUCUGAACAGCCUAUCUACGAACAGCACGCAAAAGCGGUGUUCUUCCGUCAAUCGAGGUCGCGUGUCAAUUCAAAUAUACAACUUGAUACAAGAGAGUAGUGGACUACAACAACAAUUAAUUAGAAUAUUUAAAGACUGUGUGUGGACAGUGGAAGUCUGUUUUUGGAAGAGGAUCCUGUCAGUGGUUAAGGGAUGUCCUGAUACAACGGCUACAAAGGAUAGUAUUUUUGGUGACAUUUCCGCGCCGGCCGAGUGUGGGACUUCAUCCCUUAGUUAAAAACGCAAGAGGGAGAGUAAUCAGAAUUGUGACGAAUAUUGAACAGUCAGUGAAAGUGAAAACUAUCAUCCGGAAGCCUCCCGGUGGAACAUCUCAAUCAAGCAAAAUAUUAAAUAGCUCUCCCCGAAAAUAGAGAAAAUAGAGUGAAUGGUCUGAAAACGAAUAAAAGUGUGAGCGAAAAACAGCCCCAAAUCCUAGGCGCUGAGGCACACGCAGCAGCAAGUGUGUAAACGUGCGCCAAGCGUGAAGUGGAGUGUAGUGAGAGAAGACCGAGAGCGAGCAUAGACAACGCAAGGAAAAGUGAAGGAGUAAUAGCAGCCGAAGCAGCAAAUCUUGUGUCUUAAAACGGUUAAUAAGAAACAGCUAACGGCAAGGUCGUAUCUCGCCACACUGUGUUGCUUCGCGGUGACGGUGAGAAGAAACGAAGCGGAGCAGCACGCGCAAAAGUGAAGGAAAGACGAAAAUUGCCGUUCAGCAACCAGAGAGGAGAGUCGAAGUAGUGUAGAGGAAACGGCGACGAAACAGACUAGCCCCUCCUGCGUUCCCUUCCAUUGGAUUGUGAUUAGGAAACUACACUCUGACUGGCAAAAAAAAAUGAUCGAAAAAGUGCUAGCAAAUUAAUUUGGAACGGGGACUACAAAGUGUGCUGUGAGGUUUUCGGCGUAUCUUUCGUGAAGAUUAUCCGGAUCGACCCGCAAUCAAAAUAACCAGAGACUUGUGUGAAGCUCGUCGCGCAAAAGACUGUGAUUUUACAAAAGAGAAACUAUUUACGGGUACGGUGCACGCACGGUGCCAAUCGAAAGUAAAGAAGCAGUGCCGACGAGAAGAUAUGAAAUAGGCAAGUGAUUCGAGCUUGCAGCGUAGGGAGUGUAAAGGCAAAAAUUGAGCAAACAUUCUUUUAAAAAAAUCGCAAAGACAACCGAACCAUUUUUUUUGGAAAUUAGUGCAUUUGUUCAACAAGUUCAAAGGGGCAAAACCACAAACCAAAUUAUGACCCUGCCGUGCAACAAUACUUCGAACAUUGCCGAAGACGAUUCGGACAUGUUUGGACCACCACACACAUCGCCGCCGAUCCGACGGAAUCGGCCGAAGGUGCCAAUGAUUUCGGCCCAGUUGCGAAUGCGUGAGGUACGCAAGCGAAUUCUUCAGCUGUGCGUCCACAAGCUGGAAAGGAUCAAGAACUCGGAACGGAAUUUGCGACGAUCGGUUUGCAUCAACAACACUUACUCCCGGCUGACGGACGACAUCCGGCGGGAGAAGCAACAAAAAUACAUGACGCUGAAUCAAAUGACCAAAUCUGACACCCAUGGAAAGACAAACAGUGACAGCACAAAUAACAACAAUCUCAGUGUCAACAACAAAAACAAUGAAAAUCUUAACAGCAGCAAUCACCAACUGCGACCAGAUGAGUUUUCGAACAAGCGCAACAACAGUGACAGCAGUAUUAACAGCAACAAGUCAAGUGCAGUCGAAGAAUCAAAAAUACCAAAACAAAAAUCCUCCUCGGUGGAGACUGACUUGGAAACGCUAGACCGAGAGCUGUGUGCAUUAGAUGCCGCAAUGCCACUGGUGGAUCCGGAAAUUACCCAAGGCGCCGAACAGCUCGAACAGGCCAUGGUGUCCAGGAAACGCAAGUACUCCCAAAUGGAAGACGAAGACAACGAUCGCCUGGUACGAGAGGCGCUAUCUCAGUUCUACCUGCCGAGCAACAGACUGCUGUCUGGUAUCGAUGAUUGUCCCUCGCACCUACUUGGUUCCAACUCCUCGCCUUCGAUUGAUGUUAAGCGCACCAAAGUUGAUCUCCUGGAUAACAGCAUCCAUCAUCACCAUCAUCAUCAUCAUCACCCCUUUCACUCACUGCCGGACCUGAAUGCAGCCCUCGAACUCUCACACCACAGCCAUCAGCAUCAAAAGGACUUUGAAGUGAUCAUGGAUGCGCUGAGGAUAGGUGCUGGAAGCGCCAUGACCGGUGCGACCACUAACGGCUGUAAUCUCGUCGGUAACAUCGACUCCUGCGGUCAAGCAGCAAUGAUGAUGAGCGGCGAUACUGGUAGCGUGUUCCACAACCUGGUGGUUACUUCACUGGAAACUUGAAAGUAGGCCAGCGCCACUGCACACAUUCCCUAUCAGUACCGUUCACGCUGUCGCCAUUGCAUCUCGCUGGUGCAACACGGCAAUACGAAACAUCGGUGAGAUCGAUAGGGAUCUGCAAUAUCCUCAAUAGUACUAAAGAAAAACCUUCUCAUAGCGAGGGCUUGGAAAGGGAAAACUUCGCAUUGAUUCUAACUUAUUUGGGCGUAUCGCUUCAUUAUUUAAAAACUCAUACGCAAAAAACGCAAUUUUUCAAUAGCACAUUAGCGAUAUAGGAAAAUAUUUAUGAAAUUCUUUAAAUCACGAUGAAAAGGAGAAAAAACGCUAAUAAAUCGCAGUUCAACACUAGCUCACUCAGACAAACAAAUCCAUACAUAGUAGGCGUCAUCGCUGUGCAGCGCAACGCAGUAGGUGUCGAUAUUUUGCGUCGAUCGCCAAAGAAACGCGCGUGCCACGCUAAACAAAAACAACAAAAAUGAGGAAAAAUGUAAGUGAAAGUGCAAGAAAAACUCCAUGAUCGUCAUCGUCGUCGUCGUGCACGGUUUAUUGCUGCCCGAUGGUGAUGAUCAUGGAUGUUUUGGCAUAUAUUUCUAAGCGCGACAGCAAUGAAUAAAAGAAACUAUCAGUUGAAUAUAGUGGCAGCCCUGCAGCUGGCAAAGCACGGUUGAGUAAUCGUUGCGAACGAGCCUUCAUUUCAACUGUUCCUGUGUGAGUGCUUGUGGAGGUGUCAAUUGAACGUCACGCGUCAAAUUCAAAUCAACUCGUUGCCAAAAUUAACACGUUUUUAAUUUAUAAAUAAAAAGCAAGCAAAACUCGCAUACUUCUUUCGUUUAGACUCAUGGAGCACCUACAAACCGCUUACAUUCGAAUUGUUCGUUCUUUUUUACGUUGACCUUAAACCAGAUUGUUUUCAUGUUCCAACAAAUCGGAAACAAUCCGAAUGAACGCAACACUAAACCCGAAUAGAAGAAGAAAAAUUAAUAGUAAACAAAAUCUGUGAUAUUAGUCGUGUAAGGUGCGUAUAAGCUAAUGCAGACACAUUUAAAAUUAAAUAACAUUAUAGAUAAAAUGAAUCAAUUGCAAUUUCAAAGCAGAUGAAAAAAUCGCAAAGCAGAUGCAAUAGUCCGACACUGAAAGAGAAUAAGAUGCGUGAUAAAUAAAUGAAGAAUUUAUUUUUCUUCUCGAACACCUCAAAGUGCAUAACUAAAAAUCAAACUAUUCCAAGAUUAAGAGAGAAAAUCAAGCGCAAGUUCUAUUAGCGCGUUCCUUGAAUAUUUUUUUUUAGUUGGAGAAGACAAAAUAAUAAUUUCGUAGAAUUUCAACUAUUUCAUAACGAAAUGCCAAGUGAAAGACCAAGUGUAGAUCAACAAUUAAAACAAGCAUGUAAACUGUCAGGUUUCAAAGCAUCCACAGUUUCAUCUGCAGUGGACAUGUGCUUAAAUGUACGUAAAGACCAAAGCAAAUUUGUUUAAACAACCCUUCCAGUCGAUCGAAUGACAAUUCCCAUUUAGAUAGAACUUCACACAGGCAUUACAAAUUAACCAAAUAAAUAUAUUGGUGGAAAAUGACAAACGACAAUUGCUUUAAGUUUAGCCUUUCUCGUAUUUGUUACCGUAUUGAGUGAAAGUUGGCAUUGCUUCAUGGCGAUACUGUAUUCUAAUAUGUUGAUAUCUGUUGUUUUCCUCUGCUAAAGUGUAAACAUUCCGACGAUUAACAACAAAUAUGCAACAGAUUUGCGUAGCAAAUUGCAUCUAAAUCGCAAUCGGUACUUAAGUGAAUGAGAUAAUUAAAAAAAAACAACUUUUGCCAAUUUUUUGGACCAAAAUAACGCCACGCGUUCUAAAUGUCAAAAAUCUACUCAGUACGAUCGGUGAAUUAGAACUAACAACAUCAGCAAAGCGAGAACCAUCAAACAAUGUAUAAAAAAAACCCAAAGUGCUUGAAUUUGUUGAAUUGAAAUUACCCGUUUUACCUGGUAAGAGAAAAAAGAAACAAAAUACACACAACUAAACUAUAAACAAACUAUAUUUGUAAGAAACAAGAUAAGCAUCAUGCAACAUCUCUUAAAAGGAGAGUUGACGAAGGAAUCAAAGUUUACCAAGCCAUUUAAGUGUCACUUCUGUUGCUAUUAACUGCUAUUUCUUUUUGAUUAUUAUUAUUAGUUCAUUGUUCACGUUGUACGAAUUCUCGGAUUUGUUUAUAAGGUUAACCACACCAAAAACCAUCUUCCAAAAAAAACAAAACUUACAUUGUACAACGGAAUUCCUCCGGUAAACUUAAACUUUCUUUCAAGGCUGUUCAUCACAACGAUAGCAGCAAGUCAAACAAAAACUCAAUGUUUUAGGUUUUUAGCUCUAUUGUUUCUCUUCUUUAGUCUGUUAUUUGUUUUACUGACUUUAGUUCAAUUUUUCCUCAUCUUCCUAUUAGUUAUAGUAAUUUUAAAACGAGUUAAUUUAUGAAAAUUACAUUAUUAUACAAAUACGAUACGUUAGUAGUGUUGAACAAAUGCAAAUGCAGACGGGCAAACCGUUUACAUUGAUCUAAAGUAAAUUUACGAAAAUAAAACCUAUUGAAAAAGUAAAUAAAUAACAAUAUACACUCAUAAGGACACUUAUUGUUGUAGUAGAAUUUUAUCUUCACAAUAAAUGUACCUGGGAAAAUCUUAA